UAUUCAAUUAUUACUAUUUUCAAACGAUAUAUGGUUGCAUAUUGUGUCGAUACACUGUGUUAAUUGUGUUAUAUCAUCAAAUGCAAAGUUAGCAAUUAGUAACCAAUCGACAAGCUAACGCUGCUAAUUUUGCUUUGUCAUUGCCAGGAUAAAACUAGCGCUAAUCUCAUUAGCAAGUUGCUCAUCACUUAAGUCUUAAAUGUUGUAUUUAUGCAUUUAUUUAGUAACUAUAGACCCUCCGUUUUUGCCAUGAACAACCCAUUUCCCCUGAGCUCGGUGCGGCCUAACCUGCCCUUGCGGAAACCGUCGUCCAGCCCGGUCCUGUGUCCGUUUCCUAACCUCGUCAUGCCGGCUGAUAGCCCCGCGAGGCCGGCCGCGUUGUCACCUGGAGCCGGGCCAAUAUCGCCACCAGCAAGUGGGGAGAAACCAGCUGCACUUGGGGCCGUGCCAUCACCUGUGUAUCUCUGCCACUUUUGUGGUCAGCAAGGGAAUUUGCGGUGUACGCGUUGCAAGAAGGCAACAUACUGCUCAGUGACGUGCCAGUCGGAAGACUGGAAGGGGCACAGACAGAUGUGCGUGCCUGCCAAUCCGGAGCCUGCAAAGGAGAAGCCGAACCAGACCGCUGCCUUGCUAACAUUGUUGAAGAACAACAACAUUCUGAAUUCAAAGCAAAAAGAUGCAAUGGAACCCCCGCGGGUGUAUUUGAAGGACUUGCAUCCCAUUAAUAUUAAUAAGGGAACAGAUAUUCAGGCAUCUGUUGUUGAGUUCUACAACCCUGGGAGAUUUUUCCUCCUUGUCCAAAGCCCCGAGCUUUUGGAGAUUCUGCAGAGCAUCAGCAGCCAGCUCCAGAAGUCCCCCAGCUGUCCCUCUUCACCCCCUUAUGUCCCCCGUGUUGGAGAGGUCUGCACAGCCCAGUUCUCUGGCGAUCUGAUUUGGUACCGAGGCCUGGUCCAGAAGUUGGCGGCUGACAAAAGGACUGCGCGCAUGCUUUAUAUCGACUACGGAAAUGAGGAAGACGUUCCCAUGGACAGGAUCAGGCCCCUGCCUGCUGACCUUGAGCCGUUUCAUCCUUGUGCAAUGGAGUGUCGCGUUGCCGGCGUGGAGCCGCUGGAUGGCAGCUGGUCCGCUGAGUGCUGUUCAGCCGUGAAACAGUUUCUGGUUGACAGGGUCCUGACUGUGAGGCUGGUGGAAACCGUGGAUAAUGUUCACGCACAAGCCGUGGACAUCGAGCUUUCCAUCGGAAAGCGUCUGAGCUCAUUCCUCAUCGAGCGGGGUUUUGUAAAGAAAACAGUCAGUUCACCAACAGUGCAAGAUAUAAGUGCCAUGCUGGAUGCUUCCUUGCAAAACUUCAAGCGCCAAUCUCAGGGGAAGGACGACAACAGAUGGGCUCAGCCACCCGAGCCUCUCACGCAGGCAGUGGGCGACUCCUUUUCUAUCGUGGUCACGCACUUCCAGUCACCUGAUAACAUGAUUGUGCAGAAGGUGGAGAAUGCUGGUCAGUGUUUCUCUCGCAACUCAAGAAAAACAAACUUAAACUACAGCGUGAUUCAGGAGUUGCAGGUGAAUUUGAGGCAACAUUGCAGUCAGGCGUCUGCACCCCAAAACUUCAGACCAGCACCCGGCACCGUCUGCUGCGCACAGUUCUCAGAAGACAAGCAGUGGUACCGGGCCAAAGUGCUGGCGUACUCCUCAGAGAAGCGCGUCUGUGUUGGCUACAUUGAUUUCGGCAAUUCUGAGGAUGUGAAUAUAGACCACUUGAAACCCAUCAACUCGUCACUACUCGCCUCGCCAAUGCAGGCCAUGCCUUGUGGUCUAGCAGGGAUACAGCCUAUUGGAGAGAGCUGGUCUGAGGAGUGCCUGUUGGCCUUGCAGAGAAGGGUGUCCAACAGAAUCCUGCAUGUGGGAAUUGAAGGGGCGCACGAGGGCAAAGCUCUCGUCACCAUGAUCGACGAGGCCAGCGACCCUCAGGCCAACGUCGCUGAGCUGCUCAUCUCCGCUGGUUACGCCACGCCUCCUCCGUUUCCUGUUAAGGCCGACGACGUCUCACUGGCUGAGCAGGCUGCUCCAGAACCACCCUCGCCGUUGCCUGUAUGCGAGCCUCUGUCGUGGGCCUCAGUUGAGCUUACCACUGAUGGCCAGCCAGUAGUGCUGUUCACCGUUAUCGUCAACAACCCUGGAGAGUUUUUCUGCCACAUUGACAAUCCUGCAGUUAAUCAGCGAAUGGUGGGGCUCGCAGCUGAGGUGAAGCAGCAUUGUGAGGCGGAUGCGGUGGCUUUUGAACCCAAAGUUGGGGAACCCUGCUGUGCCAUGUUUCCAGGUGACGGCGUCUGGUACCGUGCGAUGGUCAACAGUCAGUCUGAAGACAUGGUAGCUGUGAACUUUGUGGACUAUGGUUACAGCAUGGAAGUGGAAAGAAGAAACCUUUGCUCCAUUACGUCUCCAAUCCUUCAGCUGCCUUUCCAGGCUGUUCGCUGCUUUCUCUCAGGUGUGGAGCCAGUGGGUUCAGAGUGGAGCAGAGAAGCCAUCUUUUGGUUCCAAACGCAAGUGGCUGGCGAGAAGCUGUCCGCACGCGUCUUUUCUUUCAGCAAACAGGGAUAUGGCGUGGAGCUGGAGUGCAGAGGGCGUAGCGUCGCAGCUGGUCUCAUCUCGAAUCUCCUUGCCAGAUGUCCUGGAGAAAUUCCCCAAAAGGCACAUUCAGGCUCAUCUCCAGGGGCUGAGCAGCGAGAGGGCCUACGAGAGACGGAGCGCAGCCAAACGAAAGCCUCCAAACAGAUGACCACAGUGGAGUUGCUGCCAUCAGGUCCAGCCUUCCCAGUGGACUGGAAGACAGUAGAACUGCCCACCACUGGGCCCUUCAAGCCUUACAUCGCAGCUGUUACCAGUCCUUCCCUCUUCUAUCUGCUCAGCCCCAACCAGGUGGAUCAGCAGAAGCUCCAGGAGAUGAUGCUGGAGCUGGCCACAUUGUGCAACAGCAAUCAGGCCACUUUGUCCUCAUGCACUGACCAGAAGAAACUCAGGCCUGGGGCCGCCUGCUGCGCCCAGUUCACUGCGGAUGACACCUGGUACCGUGCUGUGGUUGUGGAGGUGGGCGACAACAAUGAGGUAGCAGUCAUCUACGCUGACUAUGGCAACACUGAAAAGUUGUCAGUCUCCCGCAUUUUGCCUAUACCCGAGCACCUGCUGCAGCUCCCCUUCACGAUAGCCCGCUGUGCUCUGACUGGCAGGGAGCAUUUUCCUGCCGUUUGGCCACCAGAGGUGCUGCAGAUAUUCCACAGCUUGCUGCUGGAUGGUAUUCUUGCCACCGUGCUGUCCUUCGACGGCUUCACCAACAUCCUUACAGUCACCCUGCCCGCAGAGAAGAGCGGGGUCCACGUCACCGCGCUGAUCAUAGAUGCAUUGGAAAGCCAUAAAGUCCAAAGUGCACACAGCCAGUCCGCAGCCACCAAGGCUGAGCAAAUGACACCUGUCGUACAUAAGAGUGUGGAAAAUACAGAGGAGGCCGCUGGGCCAGCUGUCAGUCUUGAGCUGACCCCCCACAACCCACACCAGAUAAAAACCACAGCAGCGGAGCUCCAGAAGAAUUCCCAAACCCAUGCAUGUUGCUGCCAAAGCCUGGAGACAAAGAUUGACCGUUUGGAGCAGAUGAUUGUGCGUAUUGAGCAGAUGAUGGAGCUGCGCGUUUCCUCAAGCAAGUAGUGUUGAACGCUUGCAGACUUCAAAGCUGUUGCUAUCAAAGUUGUACUAACUGUUGACCUAUUUUAUUGUUUUAUGUUGGAGUAGGGUUUUCUUUUUUAUGUUUUAAUAUUUGCAUGUCUGUAGUAAGUGAGCUGCGCUGCCAUGGCUUCCUUUUGUUAGGACCUUAUCACCCUUUUAGGUUGUUCAUUUGUUUUGCAUAAAAGUUUCCUCAAAAGUCA